AGGCCAAACCGGCUGAAAGUUACCUGACGCGUUCACACUAUAGGGGCGGUUCUUCCCGGUCUGUUUAUUAUUUCUCUCCUCCUGCGCUCAGUUCCCUCCCCGCGGCGCUCCUUAUCCUCCCCGUGCACCGCUUCUGUUUCCUCCUCGGCGGUGUCUGGAUGUCCCGUCAUGCAGUCUCUCAGCUCUGGGUCGGUACUGUGACAGGGACUGUGUCAGUCCCGCAGCAUGUCCUUAAACCCGCGGGACGCCCCUGGCUCUGUUCCAGACUUUCAGUAUCGAUCCUGUCGCCGUGAGCUGAUUACAGGGCUGUGAGCCCGCUCACACACACACACACACACACACACACACAACCACUUAAUAACGGAAUGUAAACCUGUACACCGGCGUCUGUACUACAGCCUACAACCAAACCGACACCUUCAGCUCCAGCCUGAAUUAGUAGAAGCCAUGCAGAGGAGGCGUCCGGUACCGGAGUUCGAUUGCCAUGGCUAAGGUGGUUGUGAAGAAGCUGCAUUGGCGCUCCAAGGUGCAGGAGAGCUUCGUUCCUCUGUUGGGCAGCUCAGGAGAACUGGGUGUGGCCAUCGGCGGCGGCGCAGACUAUGGCGAGUUUCCGUUUGUCACAGCUGCGCCGGGAGGUGGUAUCACAGUUGGCGAAAUCAUUUUAGAGAUCGGAGGGACACCUGUGCUGGGGAUGACAUUAGGUGACGUACGUGGAGUGCUCAACUCCUGCCCUCAUCCUAUUCGCAUCAAGACUGUUACACCAGACUCAACACUGUGUAAGGAUCUGAGGUUGUAUCUGAGUAAAUGUUUCACACCUGGUUGCAUGGACAGUCAGCUUCAACAAGUCAUACGGGAAAAUCUCUAUCUGCGUGCAGUACCAUGUACAACCAGACAGCCUCGAGAUGGCGAGAUCUCAGGAGUGGAUUAUAACUUUGUGUCUGUUGAAGAAUUCUUCUCUCUAGAGGAGUCGGGAGCUCUGCUGGAGAGCGGCAAAUUCAAAGGGAACUAUUACGGAACCCCUCGACCGAUCCACAUCAGUCCCGACAGCCCCCCCAUCACCUACCAGGAGCACUGCAAGCUUCUACAGAACUUCCGCACACGCAGCAAAUCCCUCAGUAACCUGGAGAAAGCGGCAGAGGAAGGGUACAACAGUGAGGGAGACUCUGGGCUAUCAGGUGGCUCAGGAGGUGCCAGCAGUGUCCCCGCCCCAACAUCAUCCCCCAGCCAGUCUCGUGACUCCAGUGGAGGGGACGGCAGUGCCUUUGAGAACGGGAGCAGGCACAGAAGGGGACUACAGGGGGUGGGGCAUGAAACCUGGGAAAUUACCUACAGUGACUCAGGGGAACCAUACUACACAGAUCAUCAGCCCAAGCCAACGUACUGGCACAGCCGCCGCGCAUCGAGCCGAGAGUCGGUUUUCAUGAAUGAACUGGGCGAGUUCACAGAUCAGCCAAGUAAGUUGAGAGGAUACUCGAUUCACACUCGGGUGUGUAAAGGACCCCAGGGAUUUGGCUUUAACAUUGCCGGUGGCAGCCAGCCUCGAGAGUUCUUACAGAUAUACAGCGUCACACCUGGAGGGACAUCAACUCUUAACCCUGGGGAUAUCCUGGUGUACAUUAACGACACCUGUGUGCUGGGAACCUCUCAUAAAGAAGUGGUGGAAAUGCUGAGGGUUGUGCCUGUGGGCCAGAGCGUGGACAUGGUGGUCCGUAGAGGCUACCCCAUACUCUAUGACCCUGAUGGCAGCCCUAGACUGUCUCAGGAGACUGCUUCACAUCCGUCACCUCUUCCAACCACCACCCAGCCCAAAGCCCAGGCACUGCAUCCACAAACUCAGACACUUCUCAAUAACAGUGGGCUUAUGUACAACGAAGAGGGGAGAUAUCCUAGAGCCUAUGGAAGAAGUGCAUCCAGGUUUAGCCUGGACGCCAAUGGAAACGCGUCACAUUAUUCACCACCUCCAAGAAUGCCGUCUUCUUACCGAUACACCAGUGAGGGAGAGAGCGAUAGCCUCAGGCAGCCACAUUCUCAAAGAAGGAUCAGGCAGCUGCAGAGUGCAGAUCUGGCCAGCCAGAGUGACAGCGAAGUGGUUUCAGCAAUAGGAUCACACAGAGCCUCCUUUAUCCGAAACCACAACAACAACUCUCUCUACCCACCAUCGCCUUUGCGCUUUUACUCUACCAAGUCCUCCGACAGUGACCUUUCCUCCUACGCCCCCAGCCCGCCCCUCUCUCGUUUGCCCCUCCCCCAAACAGAAUCAGGCCACGCCUCCACUUCCUCCUCCCCUGCCGGAGGGAGACGAUACUUUCAAAAUGGUCAACGCUCCCUGCUCACCCCUCCCACCAGCGUACACUCUGAUGGGCCGUACUUCACUUUCAGCAGUGCCAACAGCGGCAGUCCAAGCAGCAGUGUCCCAUCACCAGGGGCAAUGAGCAAUGGUGGGGGCAGGGAGCUGGUGCCCAUUGCCCUGGCAAAGUGCAAACAAGAUGGGAGUUUGGGGUUCAGCUUGAUGGCGGGCGGACAAGGAGGCAGGACAGCGGUGGUGAAGAGAGUGUGGGACCGGCAGCAGUGUAACGGUCUCCAACCUGGAGACGCCAUCGUGAAGAUCAACGGAGCUGAUGUGCAGAGCCUCAACUUCAUUCAGGUCCAUCGUAUUUUGGAAGAGCACACCAAAAGUGGAGAGGUCAUCCUGCUAGUUUAUAGAGGAGGCUCCAUAUAUUCAUCGAUCUCACCAAAGUCUAGGCGUCAACACAGCCCCACUCUGCCACGCCCCGCCUCUGCCUCUCAGAUACCGGUUACUGACACUCCACCUCUGCUACGGAAGUCUCUUACCCCGCCCCCUCAAUCCCUGGUGCGCUCUUCAUUGGUCCAGAGCACCAGUUUCUUGGACUCUGUACCUGUCACACUAACGCUGGAGCCUCGCGAUUGGAUGAGUACUGAGGAGGGCGGGACUAUACUCUUUCCCAGAUUGAAGACUGAAGAGAAGAGCCGGCCGCCUGUGACACGUGGAUUUGAGGUGGAGCUGAAGAGGAGGCCAGGAGAGGGAUUUGGAUUCGUGAUUGCAUCACAGGACAUGGAGAACAGCAGAGCGGCGUCUCUGCUGCCUCACCGGUUUGUGACAGUACGUCGUGGCAGUCCUGCAGCGCGAAGUGGCCUGAUUCGGCCCGGGGAUCGGUUGGAGUCAGUAGAGGGACGCAGUGUGGUCAAUCUGCCCCAUAGAGAGCUGGCACAGAUACUGCGCAGAGCGGGCAACACAUUGCUUCUGACCGUAGUCCCGCGCUCCAGUGCUCAGUCCUCUGAGCACUCAGGCAGUGAUCUCCAUCACAGAAGCAGAAAGCCUCACAGGUCCAAACCAAAGGAUACAUCACGGUACUACAGUGUGGAGCUAGAGAGAGGCCCCACUGGUUUUGGGUUCAGUCUGAGAGGAGGAAGCGAAUAUAACAUGGAUCUUUAUGUUCUGGGCCUGAUGGAAGGAGGACCAGCCUCGAGAAGCCGGAAGAUGCAGGUGAGCGACCAGUUAGUGGAGAUCAAUGGGAACAACACAGCAGGUAUGAGCCACAGUCAGGCUGUGGAGCAGAUCAGGACUGCAGGCCAUAAGAUCCAUCUUGUCCUGAAAAAAGGCAACGGAUACGUUCCUGACUACGGCCAUGAUCACAGAGCAGCCGUCUCCUCCCUGUCCUCAGCCCUGCAGCCGGAUCUGGUUACAGUGAAUCACAAACACCGCCAUCUGAAUUCCACGUCCAGCCCUCCAAGAACAGGCAGGACCCGCAGCCAGAGAGGAAGGACAGAGCGCCAGGGCCGGGAGGAGAGCCCCAAACGAACACAGGUCACAGGUCACAGGUCAAAGGACAGGAGGAGGAGACAAAGAUCCCACAGUUUACCCAGAAACAUCAACGGAGAACACAGCGAUGUAGAGGAGUUCAGUGAACCAGCGACAAGAGGACGACGUAGGCAGAGAGAGAUAAAAGAGGAGAUAGAGAGGAGGAGUAAAAGUGAGGAGAGAAGGAGACAGCCAAAAAAUGAGAGUGAAGAAGAGACUCAGGGAGAGGAAGAGCAGCAAGACAGAGAGCGGGAGAGAAAAAAACUGGACAUGCCCAUUCAUAAGCAGAGGUUCGCAGAGUUGAGUCAGAAAUCGAACGAGGAGGAAAAAGAAAAGUUGGACACUAAGCAGCGGGGAGAAGUAGAAAACAGUCUGUUUUUGCGAGAGAACAGGGAGAGGAGAGAUGGGCAGGAGCUGAAAGGUGAGUCAAAAAGUGAGACAGAGCAAAUGCUGCCAGAUGUUUGGGGGAAAGAGAGAACAUGGCAGCGGGUAGUCGACGCUCGACCCUAUGUUAGCUUGUCUGUGCCAGGGCUAGAAAAGGUCCAGUCCAACCACCUCUCUGCCAUUGAAUCCCAUCAGUUUCCAUUCUCCUUUCUCAUGUCCCAGAAUCUGAAAUGAGUGUGUUGUUUGCUAGUGGUUCAGCUGCUAGUCUCCCUAAAUUCUCUACCUAUGAAAGGUUCAGAAGCCAAAAGCACCAUAGUGCCGGGUCCCUGGCUCAAAUCCAAUCUGCUCACACUCAGUGGAGAGAUGGAAAGACUCAGACUUACAGGAACAGUAAAGGAGCAAGCAGUGAGAGAGAAUUCCAUCACAUGACAUAGUUCUGAUUUGAUGCAGUUUUUGCCAUAUCAUGUCAUCAGGUCAACUAUUUGAAAUCUUUUAACAAUUUGAAAUAGGCUACUAUAAGUAGCUGUUGGGCCACAUUAGCAUUUUCAAAUCAGAAUGAGAAAUGUUCAGGGUUUUUUUAAGUUUAGUUUUUUAUUAUUAUCAUUAUUAUUAUUUUUACACUUUUGGAGAUUAUAGCCAUAUUAUGGUCUUUAUACUAAUGCUAAAUAAGAAGAAUAAUAAGUGUUAAAAUAUUAGUAUGAGCUUUUCUCUCCUGCCACUGCAUAUUUCCGUCUCUUGCUUUCCUUUCUCAGUUGAAUGCUUGAGGGACGUUUUCUGUCCCCAUGUUGUUUUUUUUCAUACUUUGUGCCUGUUUUUAGAUUCUGCUUCUUGUGUACUACUCGAUCUCUUAGCUCUGGGCCAACUUUUUUCUUCUCUCCCUGCUCUUUAAUUGUCUGACUUUUUUUCCGAAGCUUGUUAUUAUGAAAGGGAAGACUGGUUGAGUAAGGAUUUAGUUUUGUCUCAGAAUGUGGGGCAAACACGAAGCAAUAAAAUGCCACAAGCCAAGCUUUUUGAUAUGCAAAGAAAAAAGAUGAAUGGUAUGUGGUAUGUAUAUUAAACAUUUCCCAUUACAGAUAAUAUGUAUGGCAUAAAUCAUUUUGGGGGUGUGCUGUUGUAAGAACGUAAUUCAAAACGAGGUGAUGUGAUACCGAGACACAAAGCAGGAGUUACCGUUAGCACCCAGACGCUGAUUAUUUUCCUAUAACAGCAUGACAAAAAGUGUUUUAUUCCUCUUGUACCACAGUAUUCAUAACGAUUCCAAGUUUUAACGUUAUGAAAACAUCCGCGAGACAAGUUAGUUUUUAUCAUUGCAUAUAACUAAUCAUUCCCUUCACAAGCAUCUCUUUUAUUUUUAUUUCUCAUGAAGUUAAUAAGACAAAAAAUGCAACUUGUCAGGUUACCGAGAAUCCACGAAGACUCUCCUGCGGCAGAAAACUGUAGCACAGCACUGACACUGGAAACUCCUUCAAUUAAUGUUACAUAAAUGCCUCAUAACGGAAAACUUCACCGUAUCAACAAGUAUGCUUUUUUUCUUUGUGAUUAUAACUGUCAUACAAGUCCCUUUAAAUGAGAUGUUACUAUAGAAACGCUAAGAUAUUAGAAUGAAUACGUUAAUAUAAACCUGUGGGUUGAAUUACAGCUGGAACGAUUGUCAGAGCUGCUGUUCUAGAAACUCAAUCAACACUUUUUUGGCAAUCAUAUUUGAGAAUUCAACAAUGCUGUGGUAUAAAACACAUGAACCAUGUCAACUUAUUUUAUAGCAUUUAUUUGUCUCACCCAAAUAACAAUGACAGGGUUUGGCCUUUAAACAUAUUGCUGUGUAUUAACAAUGCAACGUGUUAAUAUUCUGUGUGUAUUUACUAGACACUCAUAUGCUUAAAAGGAUUCAAAGUCAUUCGAGUCGCACAGGCUUUAUGCCUUCUAAGUGAACCUUAUCAUUUUGUGGCUCAGUUAAUCAUCUUCCUGUCACUUGACCAUUGUCCUUAUAACCUCACUGACCUCGGUUUGAGUGUAGCCUAGAAUAUGAAGGAUAAGCCAUUGCCUAUGGCAAUAACCACAUGACUGAUAUUUUAUAUUGCCUGUGAAAGUCACAUUGUCCUGCAAUGUCCAUUGUUAAGUACUGAAGAUACACUAUGCAGCAGCGAAGUGGAGGAUUCAAGGAGGAACCGAAAUAGCCAGCAGCCACGCUGUAUCGCUACACAUUUUAAUCCCAAACUCGUAGAUCAUGAAACAGUAACUGAAAGUGCCCUCUGUAUUCCAACACUACACAUUCAAGACAUCAGUCCCCAUCUCCUUCCUCCUUCCUUUGACAUUCUGCACUGGACGGAUAUGCACCUCAUGGAUAUGGACUAAUUUUAGGAGUUUGUUUUAUCGAUUCUACCUGUUUUACCAAAGACUGCAGUAAAUCGUUGAAGCUGGAAUCACAAGACUCUGUUUGCAAACUGUGUAAAGCCUCUCUUCGAAGUGGUUGUCAUGGUGAUCGUUUGUCUUUCUUGAUGAAGAGGGGGACUUUUGUGUGUUUGUGUCUUUAUCUUGUCUUGUCUGAAUGAUCAAAUAAGGGCAAUGGACGUCAAUACACGUAUUAUGCUGCUAUUCAGCCAUAAACCAGUGUAGAUUAAUUAUUAACUACUUAGUGUUCUUUCCUAUACCUCAGGAGAAAUUCUCAGAUGGACGUAUAAAAUGUUUUGUUUUUUUUUUUCUCCAGAGGUAUGAGAUGGGAGUAGGUUUAGAAAAGAACUAAUACUUUUAUACUUAAUAAUACUAGAGUGCCAGAUGCCAAACGUAUACUAGUAAGCAGUAUGAUGUCACCACUUUAAAGCAUUCGUAUAGCCGUAUAGUUUCUACAUUCCCAGCGGGUCUGGGCUAAGUUUCAGUCUCGGUGUGUGCUGCGUGUGCUGUAAAGUAAGAGCAUUCAUAAACCUAAAAAUCGUAAGUAAAAGGAUAUGAGCCAGUGCCAGAUGCAGCUUUACAUUUGAGAUCCUUUCCUCUUUUUGCUAUAUAUGUGCAGGUAUACAAAUAUAUCUAUGACCAUGUAUGUAUUGUAAAUAUAUAUAUAUAAAUAUGAAUAUCUAACAGGUGUACAGUUUAUUAUCUACAUGAAUAUAAUAGAUAUAUGAUUAUAUUUCUUUUAUGAUUAUGUUAUAUACAGUUGUAACCAAAAUGCAAAUUAUAUUAAAGUAAUAAAG